UGUUCCGUCAAACCGUGCAGCUUGCGUUACCCAAUACUCAUAGUUAAUAUUUGUUCGAGACUCCGAACAUCGCGCGCCACUUUAUGUGCCUCUUAGCUUUUCCAAUACAGCUUGCCGGAUGAUUGCUCUCGCGCCACUCGACCCAUCAUCGGUAUCCUGGGACUUCCUCACAUCGUCCCACGAGAUCAGAUCGACAACAACCAACCCCACCUGCCGACUAACGCCCCGGGCGCCUGGUCUCCUCGGCGCUCGCCAUGGCGGGGUUCUUCCAGAAACUCAAAGGGGCCGGAUCUGGUGUUUCAAAAUCCGAUAGCACCACAGCCACAAGGAACAAGAAGGACGAAUCUCAACCGGACUUGACACCAGUCGAGAAGCUGUUGCACAAUGCGGGGCCCAUUCGGGAGGAUGGCAGCGACAAGUUCUUUGGGCUAGAAAAUUUCGGAAACACCUGUUAUUGUAAUUCGAUUGUUCAAGCAUUAUACCACUCCGAGCAGUUUCGAGAGCAUGUGGUCAAUUAUCCUCCGCCCCAACCUGGGGACCAGUUGAGCGGAACUAGGCAGAAAGUCAACGUCACAAUACGGCCUCCAGCGCAGGCAGACGCUAAUGGGGCUGCUGCUGGGCCAAGCAAACCACGACAGUCUUUCAGCGGAGGCCAGCUGGCGCCCCCUGUACCACCCUUGCGGCCGGAGGACAAGCCAGAUUCACCCGAGUACAAGAAAAAACAGGCCAUGAUCAAGGGCCCGGUAUUAGAACUGGCACAGGAGAACAAGGACUCGUAUGGCAUGGAGGAAUGCACCUUUACAGGUCUACGGGACAUCUUCACGACUUUCAUCGACAGCCAGUCCAGGACAGGCGUGCUGAGCCCACAGAGGUUCUUGGACAUCUUCAAGCGCAACAAUGAGAUGUUCCGCAACUCUAUGCACCAGGAUGCCCAUGAGUUUUAUGGCAUAGUGCUCAACGACGUUAUUGCGAACGUGGAGGCCAACGGCAAGCGGAUGCAGGAGCUGGCAGAAAGCCGAAGCGACAAUGACCCGUCCCAGGCAAAUGGCACAGCGUUGUCAAAAACCGGCCCUGACAUGGCGACGCGGGCUUCAGGGACUGGGUGGGUACACGACAUAUUCGAGGGCGUGCUAACCUCCGAAACCAGGUGCUUGACCUGCGAGACGGCAUCACAGCGUGACGAAACGUUUUUGGACUUGUCCAUAGACCUGGAGGAGCACUCAUCUGUGACUGCUUGUCUGCAGAGUUUCUCGGCAGAGGAGAUGCUGUGCGAGAGAAACAAGUUUCACUGCGACCACUGCGGCGGCCUACAGGAAGCUGAGAAGCGAAUGAAGGUCAAGAAACUUCCGAAGGUCCUCGCCUUGCAUCUGAAGCGGUUCAAGUACACCGAGGACUACAGCCGGCUGCAGAAACUCUUCCACCGCGUUGUCUACCCUUACCACCUCCGUAUGUUCAACACAACCGACGACGCCGAAGACCCCGACAGGAUGUACGAGCUGUACGCCGUGGUAGUACACAUCGGAGGAAAUGCGUACCACGGGCACUACGUCGCCGUCAUCAAGACCAAAGAUCGCGGGUGGCUGCUCUUCGACGAUGAGAUGGUUGAGCCGGUGGACAAGCACUUCGUCCGGAACUUCUUUGGGGACAAGCCCGGAAUGGCUUGUGCCUAUGUGCUGUUCUACCAAGAGACGACCUUCGAGAAAGUGCGGGAAGAGAUGGACGCCGAGGGUGUGGACCAGGUAAAGCUGGCCGCCCAAGCAGCCGACCUCGCUACGGCCACCGACGCGACCAAUGGAUCGUCCAGUCAAGUUAUCCUCUCCAAGCUCAACUCACAACCGCUGCCCGCGGUAGAUGAGAAUGAAACACUAGCCGCGCUCGAUCAAACAAAGUCGGCUUCUACUGAGGUCGACGCUACCAAUCCCAGCGGCCAGCUACCCCCGCCGCUCUCCGAUUCCGAAACCCACCCCCUGGCCGCAGCACCCCCAACCGGCUCGGCCGUUAUGACGGAGGCAGACAAAACUGCCACUUCUUUACCCAAAACCAAGGACCAAAUUGCCAGGGAAAAGAAGGAACUCAAAGCUCGGGAGAAGGCCGAGGAGAAGGCACGAAAAGCCGCAGACAAGGAGCAGGCGCGCGCCACGGCAAAGGAGCGCCAGGAGGCGCAACAGAAGAUGCGAGAGACCGCUCGGCUCGAACGUGAACAGUUUAAUAAAGCCAUCCAGGAGAGCAAGCAGCUGGCAGCGGAGGAAGAGAAAAGGCAAAAGAAAGAGGGGGCCGUCACAACAGAUACGGCCACUUCCUCCGAUGCGUGUGGCAGCGAUGAGCACCACUGGAAUGGUUUCCUUAACCGCACCAGUCGAACAAGCAAAACCAUGGCUCGCAAAUCCAUGACCCGCAAGAGCUUUGCUUUCCUGCACAUCGGGCAGAACAAGGACGAGGACAAGAGCAGCGACACCAAAACAGACAAGAUGGACCACAAUGAGACGAACGGCGAGAACCACGUCAACAAGGGCGAGAGCAGCGCCGGCGGUGGGGAAAACGGCGCUCCCCACUAUCAGAACGGGACCAGUAGCAGCGUCGGACCCGCCGGAAAACACCACAACCACCUCCUGCCACGGGCCAUACCGCGGUCCGAUACGGCACCCGGGGCCAUCACCCAGCUGCGCAACUACGAGAACCACGACAAGGACAAGGAUAAGGAUAAAGAUGCCCACAAACCGCCGCUGAAGGAGAGGUUCAGUUUUGGGCUCGGCAAGAAAAAGAGCAGCAAGUUCUUGUCUUCGUCUUAGAAGGGCAUGAGACGUCUUCUGCCUUGUUGUACCGAGCCAGGGCCGGAGACUUCGCCGGCCCACGAUACCGCGGCUCCGGGUCGCUCCUGAUAUCGGCGGCAGCGCGCUCUCGACAUCGGGUUCGGGUUUGGGAUGUAUCCGGCCUGUGGCCUAUUUGUUCAUGUUGCAUAUAUCUUGUUCGGCUAUAUACGUGGUUGUGGGUGUAUAGAGUUGCCUCUUCCCUCCGGGGUUUGGAUGUUG